CAGCUUCAGUCUGGUUUAGACAUUAUAGCGUGCGUUAGAGAAUUUUGGAUUUUUCAUUUCAAUAAUUUAAAUAGUUAUAUGGCGAGGAACAGGGAAUAUUAGUUAUAACAUUUUCUUCUAUAAUUAUUGGCAAAAAUGAAUAAAGUAGAAGUUGACCCGAAGCUUUUUAUAACAUGUCGGUUGUGUUUGGAUGAAAUGGGACAGUAUCAAAUUGUACCCGAGGUUCAAAAACAAAUAAAAUAUUGUUUUGACAUAGAUGCUAAUCCGUUCGAUGGUCUUCCACAGCUUAUUUGUAAAAAAUGUGAAUCGAUAUUAAGUCAGUUUUAUGACGUCAAAACAAAAUUUCUUCAGAAACAAACCGCACUCCUAUCGAAUUCUUCAAAAAAUGACAAUACUUCUUUAGAUCCGCAACAAGAUACAGUUACAUCUACUCAACAAUCUGAUGCCGAGAAAUCAGCACCCACAAGUAAUUCACUUACGAUAAAACUCAAAAGAGACGAAAAUUUAUCCUUAACUGAUAAAGACCAUUUGGCCGAGUCGAGUGAAACAAAUAAUUAUUCAAUUAUACAAAAAAGUGAGAGUAAAGCCAAACCAAAAAAAGUAUCGAAAGAUUGGCGUAAAAAUUAUAAUCGAUAUUUUGCGUGCCGAUUAUGUUCUAGAACUCAUAAAGAUAAAAAAAGAUUACAAAAUCACUUGGAAAAUCAUAAGAAGUUAAUUGUAAAUUAUCCAUAUGCCUUAAGGCAUUGUUCGGUCCAGAUAAAAAAACUCGAUCAAGAGCAGAACAUAACAGGGCAGACGGAUACAGUUGUUUUUCAAAAUGACCGAAUUAUACAAAAUAAAGGCGGGGCUAAUUAUCACAUUUUAUACGAACACAAAAACAGCAACCAUGAAAUUUAUUCAUCUGAUUCCUCAGAAGGGAUAGUUGGACAGAAAAGAAAAAGAAUUCGUUUAAUGUCUUCAAGUUCGGAAGCCACAGUUUCAAUUGAAGAUUCUGGCAAAAAAAAUCCGGACGAUAACACCGUUAGGGCAUCCACUAGCCACGUCUCAAGUGUCUUUUUUGAAAACAUCGACGUUAAUGAUUCAUCUUCAUCUGAAUCUCGGACAAGUAUUACAAAAAUUUACUCAAAAAAAUCAGCGGGUAGUAGAUCUAGCGUUGCGGUAAAAUCUAUUAUUAAUCAGAUAAGUUCUGCUUGUCGAAAAAAAACCAUUCGUGAUCAUGAGUCUAGGAACAAAAAUGCCAAGAGUAAAGAUGCGAUAUUACAACGAAAAAUUCUAAGUUUGGGAAGAAAAAUAGUAACCAGUAAAAGUGAAUUUAAUUGCACGGGUAUAUUGAGGUACAUUGAACACAAACAACUCGAUGUAGAGUUGAUAGAAAGAUAUUGCUACAGCAGAGAGUCAGAGAAUUCCAUUCGAAUACACAGUAAACUGCGCGAAACUUCUACCAAUGACUUGGAUACUUCCGAAUGGAAUUCAUUCGGCAGCAUCAUCUCCGUGAAGCAAUACUUAAGACGGUUUUUGAAAUCUUAUAUAAGAAGGAGCAGCAAUGAAAUUGACACAAACGUGACUACCAUUGAAAUACAAAAGGCCGCCAACUAUGAACCAGCCAACACAAAACUAUUGAAUUCUACUCCGGUUGCCAAUCCAAAACAGCUUCCGAAAAAGUCGAACUUGAAUGAACCCUCCACCUCUACAGCACUGAUUCAAUCCAGCGAAUUGAAUACUUACGAGACAACUGGAGAUGAUCAAUUUAUGUCCUUGCCAAAAAUUACUACCACUAUGUCUUUAGCACCCAGUGCUAACAAAAAAAGUGAUAUUUCAAAUGUUUCCAUCACUGACGAAGUAACAGUUGAUUCUAAGAAAGUUUCAACUUUCGUUCCUCUAAUAAAAGUGAAGCCGGUUUCUCAAUUAAUGCCUGUUAGAUGUGAGAGCGGUCGUAGCGAGCGCUCCUUGAAUCUCAUACCACCCAACUGGCACAGCGAAAUUGAUCAAGAAGCGCAUAAUAAUAGAAAUAAUUCAGCACCAAAUUCGACGAACAUGUAUUUCAAUGAAAGUUCUGCUUUACCAAAUGAUAAUGAACGACAAAGUUUGGGUCAACAUUCGCAUUCUAACAAUCCCGUGAUCGCCCACGCUUUUGUGUUGAUGCACACUGUCGAACUACCCCACACUAAAACGAAAUCACCUUUUAAAUAUUUAAAAAUGUUACUGGAAAUCCACGGCAUAAUAUUAAUGGAGUUUAAUGAAAUGAUAGACGAUCGUCUGUACUGUCUGAUAAAGUUUAAGUCAAUGUUUAAGCAAGCGCAGAAAUCAAAAAUUACGCUCUCGUCAGCAUUAUAUGGCGACGAAAAAAGAAUUUGCUUUAAGAUAAGAGAUAAUACGUUAAAAGAAAUAGAUCUUGAGACAUUGUCGCCGCAUUGGCAAUGGGAGAUAAUAAAGUUAUAUAAAGGAGACAUUGUUGAAAAACUUAUAUAUAAUGCGAAUAAAAUUUCAGCUGCGAUGCUUAAAACAACUAAUCGUUUCAUCUCGUUGUUAAAGUCGAUCGUUUUUGAAAAUAUAAUAAAUAGUGUACCACAUUUAAAUUAACUAAGCGGCGCGGGAAAUCCAAGUGCGUAUAUAUAUGUGUGCACAUACUAUUAAUAAUGAAUAUCGAAAGACCGAAACAAUGUGGUGCAACCCAAAUUAUCUUAUUAUAUUUUAUUUUACUAUCUACUCCAUUGUAGUCAGGGGCGUGCAUUCCAUAUAGACAAUGCCCAACUUAUAUAGGUUAGUAAAUUAACAUAUACCACUAGUAUUAAAUUUAACUUUGUUUCGUCAUUCUUUAUCCAAAGUUCUUUUGAAUACCCACACGCUAAAUAGAUCUCACUCUAGUGCCUUCCUUGUUAGAACACCAAUACACGCCCCUGGUUGUAGUCUACUAACUAAUAGAAUACUAUGACUACCACAUGUACUAGAUAUUUAUGUGUCGGUAGGUUAAGAAUAUAAUAUGAUGUUUAUUGUUAGAUUUUCUCGACGAAGAUAUUUAAUCAGUAAAAUGCCUUAAUAAGAUUGAGGCAAUUUGUUAUGAACAUACCCAUACCAUGACGGUGCUAUAUUAUGUAUGUGAAUUAAUUGUUCAAUACCUGUCAGUUAAUGUCUUCUAGAGGCAAAACAUGUAAAUUAUUAUUUUAUUUAUACAUUGUGUUACAAAAAAAACCCUGUACGAUAGUUGAAAGGUCGAGCAGAACCUGCCAUUGAGAGACUCUGAGCUAUGGGAUAUAAUAAUGAAUUGAGUAUUUAAUAAUACAAAAUUUUCAUUGUUUGUCACCCCGCCCGCCCUUUUCAAGUAACUUCAAUGAAAUGGGUGUGUGGGCGGGGAAAAAUGAAAAUGGCCGUAGGCAGAGAUACAGUGAAGAUUUUUUUAAACAUCCUGUAUAAGGUACUGACACAGAAAAAGCCAGUUUAGGUUGAAAAAAUUAGAUCUGAUGAUUGAAUCUAGGAGUAUUUUAGAGAAUUCGAAUUUUAGAAACAAACGUACACAAUAUUUGAUUUGUUGAACAACUAACAACAAGUACUGUAGGUUUGAUGAAUCAUUCCGUGGAGUGGACCUGGUAAUGAUGACGAGCAAAGGCCACCGGCACUUGAUGAAGGGUAAGUAUUUCACGUGUGAUAAGAUCGUUAGCGUCUUUAAGCUUUAAAUUUUAAAGAAAUGAAAACUGUAGUGUCGUGUGACACCGGAAGGUGGCGUCGGAACCCCUGAUAGAACCAUGACUCGUAACCGUGUUUGGGCUUCCUGGAAUUGUCAUGAGACCUUACUUUUAUAAAUUCUUUCUUUAUAAGCUUCACCUGUAUGUUUGUAACCGACUUCUUUGGGCGCGAUUUUGACCCUCUUUAAACGGCUAGAUUUCGUUCAAACUUUGUAGAUUUAUCGAGUACCGAUGACAUUACACUAAUUUGAUAAAAAAAUAAUAGUUUAAAAAAAAUAACACGCUAUUUAUAGAAAACCGAACUAAAAAAUAGAAAAUAAAUAAUAGUUUAAAAAAAACUAAAAAACACGCUUUUUAUAGAAAACCGAACUAAAAAAUAGAAAAUAAAUUUUAAUAAAUAUAAAUUAAUAAUAGUGUGAAUAAAAAUAAAUUAUUUUAAAAAAAGCGUGGGGUGCAUGGUGUCAAUAGUUAUAAAUAUUUUAUUGACAGAUAUGAGUAGAGUGAUUAUCAUUUUGAUAAUAUCUUAAAAAGCACCCCACGCUUUUUUAAUAAUAUUUUUUUUUUAUCACACUAUUAUUAAUUUAUAUUUAUUAAAGUUUAUUUUCUAUUUUUUAGUUCGGUUUUCUAUAAAAAGCGUGUUUUUUAGUUUUUUUUUAAACUAUUAUUUAUUUUAUAUUUUUUAGUUCGGUUUUUUUAAGAUUAUAAAUGUAUUGUUCCGCUUUACAAUAAUACUACUUUUCCGCAUAACUUGUAAUAUAUUCUUAUUUAAAAAUGUUUAUAUUAUCUAUGAGAUAACUGCAAUGGGUUAUACAUGUCAUAAAAACCAAACUUUAUGGGAGGAACAAAUAACUUAGUUCCCAGUUUCGCCGCAACUUUUAUAAAUUAAUUAAUAUGCUUAAUAAUUUAAUUCAAAGUUAAUAGGUUUUUUUUUUAAAUUAAGUUAUACUGUGUAUUUUAAUUGUAUUGAAAUAUUAAAUUAAAUUGCUGUAUAACUAA